AUGGCCAACUCACUGCAUAUCCUUCUUCUUCAAUCUAGGCUGGUCAUGAGCAGCGAGCCUCAUGAACAUCCCGACCAGCAAGGAACUGAAACAUAUAGUAGGAGCAAAUGCUUGUCUUUUGCCACGGCCAACGGUUGCCAGUCCAGUCAGAAAAUGCCAACAGGUCCCAGCAGAGAAGUGGGCCAGUGUGUCAUCCAAAAACUACGUCCAGCUCGAACACCCACACGAUUAAAUGACGUCAACCAGAAGACCAACCUCAAAUUGAAUGUGGAGAAUGUAUUAGAGGGUAGAGAACACUUGACGUCCGAGGAUCAGACUAUCUCAAUGUACCGUGCACGAAUUUCAAGGUUGGAAACUGAAGUAAACCACUAUAGGGAAAAACUUCGACAAACGACCAACGAAGUCGCACGCCUCCGGGCCCUACUUAAGAAUGCGACCGCAGGUGGGGCGCAUGAAGUUGGCACCGAAAAUAUCCUCACAGAUAAUUAUUUAGCCGUUUUGAAGAGAGAAAGAGAUGACUUGCUGGCACUGGUUGCUCAGCUGCGACAGCGGUCCACAUUACUCCUGAACCACAAUCGCGAGCUGGUCGAUCAGGUCAGUUCUUCGGUCAAACUCAUGGGGAUCUUCAAGGAACAAAAACAGCGCUUGUUUGAACAUGCAGCUCGACUGGAAAAGGGACUCGCUACCCUCCGAGGUCAGUUGUCGAAAAGAGUGGAAGACAAAACUCAAGAAUGCAACGACCAAAUGGAACAACUGGCGAUGUCUAGCGCAAAUGAGUUGGACCAGUUACAAUCGCGCCUGCUCCAGUCCGAGACUGAACUGGUGAGAGCCAAAACACAAUUGGGUCACCUGGAAAAUCGAGUGCAGGAAAUGGAACGAGAACUUGUGAAGACGAGACAAGAGGCACAGGAUAUGCAUGACGAAAGUCAAAGGAAACUAGAGGAAGCCUCUGUGUCCGUGACGAAGGCCAACUCACAAAGAAAUGACGCGCUGGUUGAGCUGGAAUGUUUGCGCAAGCGUUUACUGGAUCUUCAGAUGACACAUUCGAAAAGUCUUGAACAUGUGGAUGAACUGUACAAGCAUGCGAAGAAUAGAGAAGCACAACUAGAUUGUGAACUCAUUGCAGUUGAUGAAGAACGGCAUCGUCUCGCAUCCAAAGCGGCGGAGGCAGUGAAAGAAGCAGCGACCACACGCCAGGAGCUGAACCAGCUUGCCGUGAAACAUUCACUGGAAGUGAAAAAAAUUGAGUCAGCUGCCAUGGUCAAUGAAAAAAGGCUAGUCAACCAGCUGAAUGAAACGAAAACCAAAUACGAACGAAGGUUGUGCGAAACGACUUCCUUGAUGGAGCAGUAUCGAAAGUCAAUGGAGCAGUUGAAGGAGGUGUAUUCCUUUGGAGUUCAGAUACAACAGUUUCAGGAGCGCAUUACUGAAUUGGAGCUUCAGCUUACAGAGAACAACCAAGAGCUCCGUCAUCUGAAGGCCAGCGAAGCUAAAUUGCUCAAUGACAGACGAAUUUUGGCCAGUGAACUUUUUCUGAUUCAACAACAGUGGAGCUCAGAUCCUUGCCCCGAAACAAUGGUGCGCCUACUGGAUCGGUGGACAUUGAAUGUCGAACUUGAAGACGUCUUCGAUCGAGUAAAUAUCAGAUCGCGAUAUGGAUCGAUUCUCAACGUUGGGUGACUGACUUUCGUAUGAGGAUCUCUUUCAUCUCCGACCGACUUGCCACGACAAAGUCCACUGGUUACGUCGCGAAAACUCCUAAUGGGGGCAGAAAAUUCCCUCUCGAGUCCACGAAACACUUUCAAAGGGCUUUGUGCACUAUGGUGUGGACCACCAUGAGACUCGUAAAAGUAUAUUUAUAUGAAAAGAUUUUCCUUUAACUUCAGUCACGAGGGAAAUCCAUGCCUUGGCCAUUUCUUGAGCUUUUGAACUUCUACCGGAUAUAAUGGAUGAGUUGUCUUGAAUGACAGCUCAUCUUUGAUUGGUCCAUUUGUCUUCGAUCGAUUCAUUCCUAACCCCUUUGAGAUAUGUGUUCUUGAAACACCAAUGUUUCCGUAGGUUUGUUGCCACUGACGUCCAGUUGCCAAAGGUCUCACGUCGAACAGCGCGCGAUAAUCUAGAGACCGAAAUCUCCGAGACCGAAUCUCCGCUGCAACCCACGAAAGCGCAUAUGGAUUUCCGUUGAAAGAAAAUGCUAAUAUGGUAUCGGUUAACCUAAGUGAACACAUCCAUUGGUGGUCCAAAUAUUGAAAUGUUUCGCAUUCCAUACAAAACCGAACAGAUUCUCGGCGAAUUAUAUUUGACUGAAGUGUUCAGUGAAAAUGACGCUUGAAAACAGAACCGGGAACGCCAAGAGAGCAAACUUAUAUUGAUGGGCGGUUCACCUGAUCGCCGAGCUUCGUAAUGUUUCGUCGCUCUGCGCGAAGACAUCGUCAGUGCGUGGUUGGUUGGCUGAUCCCUGCACUCCCGCUUUCGUUUAUGUAGUUUCUAAUGCAUAGAUAGUGUGUGCAACACGAUUGGUUGUUCAAGCAUUACCUAGCACUCAAUUUGAUUCAUCCUUUCAGGAUUUCGGUUGCUUUGUGGCCUGUUAUCUUGCGUCUGAUUGGUCCAUUAAAUGGCUCCAUUUUAAUUCUUCCAUUCCGAUUGGCCUAUCUUGCUUUUCUUGUGCGCUAGUUUCUAACCAAUCUUCGUGCCAUUUGAUUGGUCAACUAGGUACCUUCUAUUUUCAGCAGUUUUCUUCGGGUUGAUGGUUCGUUUGAUGUUUCCGUUUCACUGUCGCUCUUGUUUGACGGAAUCUCUACUUGUCAUUUUUUGGACUUUUCUGCGGCUUAUGUAUGCGUUCUAGUGGUUUUGAUUUGUAUGCCGCGUUUUGUAUCCUUUUUGUGGUUUCUUG